CUUCCGGUUGUUCAAUAAAGUUUUCCAAGGCUGGUUCGAAAUGGGAGCAGUCACAGAUGAUGAGGUUAUCCGGAAACGUCUCCUUAUCGAUGGAGACGGAGCAGGGGAUGACCGCCGGAUUAAUGUGCUCCUGAAGAGUUUCACAAAAUGGUGCAAUUCCCCUGGGACUCCGGAGGAAGGGUUCACACAGUAUCAGAGGAUGCUGGGUACACUCGCCCAGUGUGAAUUCUCCAUGGGGAAGACGUUGAUGGUUUAUGACAUGAAUCUUCGGGAAAUGGAGAAUUAUGAGAAAAUCUACUCGAACAUUGAACAAAACAUAACAUCUGCGCAUGAGAAAAUAGCUGAAUGCAAGAAAGAAAUCCAGAGAGCAAAGAGGAUACGAAAGAAUCGCCAAGAAUAUGACGCUUUGGCUAAAGUUAUCCAACAGCACCCAGACAGGCAUGAAACUUUAAAGCAAUUGGAGGCGCUCGACAAAGAACUUCAGCAUUUGUCUCAAAUCAAAGAAAAUGUAGACGCGAAGUUGGAAUUGAGGAAGAAACAGUUUCAUGUGCUCCUUAGUACUAUACAGGAACUUCAGCAGACUCUUGACAAUGAUGAGAAAUCAGACAAUGAUGACAACAAUCAGGCCAGCCCUGCAGACAGUGGAGAAUGAGCAUGUGAAAGUCCUAGAUAGUAGAAAUGACCUGAGUGAUUUUGUUGAUUACUUUUUGUAUGUAUUUUUGAAUAAAGUUGAUACUUGCCUUA